GAUAAGUCGAUAAAGUAGCGUUUUCAACACUAUUUAUCAACGAAUUUCUGUUUUCUAAUUUUUCAUAUUCUUAUUUAUUUUAUCCAUUUAACCGGAAUUAUUUAUGAAUUAAAACAAAAAAAAAAACAGUUAAUUCAGUUUAAGAGAAAAAGUAAAUAAAUUAAGAUUUUAUUUUAAUCGCUCUCUUUAAAAUAAAAACUUAACCUAACUUCUGAACAUCCGUGUUUUAAUAAAAAACCGAAAAAAAAGCGGUGAUAUGUUAAAAAUUAGAGUGGGAUAGUGUUUCUCUUUUAUAUAUUUUUUUGGUGUCAUUCGUUUUGUGUGAGCGGGAGAGCGAAUAGAUAAACCCCCUCCCCUUCGAAGCGAAGUAUAGUAGAAAAGAUCAAUGAACGAUUAUGAGAGAGAAUUCAUAAGAGUGAGAAAGAGAAGCAACAUUACCGACAGCUGGUAAAUAAGAUUUUUGCCGCCGUAGUAGCUUCCAUCGUGUUCUUAUAUACUUUUUCUUAUGUACAUAGUUUUUUUGAUUCAUAUAAUGAGCUUAACCAGACGACCGUUAAUAUUCGCUCUGACAUUAAACGACCAACUGUCGUACGGUUAAGUUGGUAUCGCUCUUGAAUUUUCGAUAAAAACGUCGCAUGAAUACAAAAUAAAGAGAAGAGAGAGAGAAUUCACUUUUUUAAUUUAAAAAGAAGCCAUCUAAUCAUUUUUGUGCCGGUUCUCUAUAUCUCUAACAACGUUGGUUUGUGUGUAUGUUUAUUAUAUUAUUCUGUAUGUGAAGAGGAUUAAAUUUUCAUACAUUUUGCCUUUGCGUUGUUAUUCGCUGGAUAAAUUACCGUCGCGUUUAAUUUUAAGGCCAUCGCGCAUAUAAAAGAUAAAAAUAAUUGAAAAAAAUAAUGAGUGAUUAAGUUAAGAGAAUUUUUAAUUACUCAGUGAAAGUGAAAAAAAAAAGUUUUUUUGAAGUGAACAAAAAAUUUUUUUUUAAGAAAAUAAUUAAAAUUUUCUCUUUAAAUAAAAAGUUGUUGCCCCUCGUUGAUCGUUCCCCUUCUCUCAAAUGUGGAUUAUUAGGUACCCCCCAUCGAGAUUUUUUCUACUCCGUAUGGACCCCCAAAUGCUUAGAUAAAUUCAGAGUGGAUUAAAUGAUUUAUCAAGCAGACCAAAGGUUGCAUGAAGCGAAGAUGUCGCCAAUGCCAUUGCCAGGAGGUACAACCAUAAUGGCGCCAACUGAAACUCCAUCACAUUCCAUGCCAACAACAACAGUUGCGGCAUCUGUCACUUAUAAUAAGCAAAUAAACACAAAUACAAUGACGACAGACAAGAAGAUGAAGACAACUCAAGAACAUAAAGAACAUAAUAAAAAAGACAAAAAACAACAACAACAGUCACAGUCACACAAACGACAAAAUCAACAACCUCAACCGGUUGUAGAGAAGAGUUGUAGUGACAUCACCAUGAGUAAUAAUAAUAAAAUAAACCAAGAUGACUUUUUAACAAUCAAAGACAAUAAAGAACCAUCUUCAACUGAUUGGCCUCCACAAUUAUGUACAUCAUCAUCUUCUUCGUCAUCAUCUUCAUCAUCAUCAUCGUCGUCUUCCUCGUCAUCAUCAUCAUCAUCUUCAUCAUCGUCGUCAUCAUCUUCAUCAUCGUCAUCUUCUUCAUCGUCGGUAUCUUCAUCGGCAACAACAGCUAAAUGUGAUAGUAGUAAUAUAGUUGAAAUCAAAACCGAAUGUACUGAAGAAGUUGUAAUUGACAGUUUAGAUUCUUCUUCAAAACAAACAGAACCACAAAUAACAAGUAGUGACACUACAUUACCCAUGACUGAAAAGACGAUAACACCCGUGAUAGUUGACAGCAGUAUGAGUGGCAGUGAUUCAGCUGCUGCUGCUAAUUCUGUUGCUGCAGAUGAUGCAGUAUCUGCCGCAUCUAAUAAUAACCAAGAGGAGGAGACUGAAAAGAAUGAAGAUGAUGAUGAGGAUUCGGAGAAUUUUGGCAAACCCCGACGGCUAUUGCUAACCGAUCUCAAUUCACAUAUCAUAUGCAAUUUAUGUCAUGGAUAUUUGAUAGAUGCGACGACUAUUGUCGAGUGUUUACAUUCAUUUUGCCAUAGUUGCAUUAUGCAACAUUUACGAACGGAACAAUACUGCCCACGAUGUGAAAUGAUGAUUAACACUGCCAAACCAAAUAUAAAACCUGAUACGACGUUACAAGCGAUUGUCUACAAAUUGGUACCGGAAUUAUAUGAAAAGGAACUCAAACGAAAACGUGCCUUCUAUAAAAAUCGGCCUGAAGAUGCUGCAAUAGCAACACCCGAACAGAGGGGUGAAGAUACCGAACAUUUGAUAUUCAGUCCAAAGGAGUAUAUGUCGUUGUCAUUGGAAUAUGCUGACAUAGAUGAACACGUCAAUAUAAACGACGAAAUGAUGACAUCACUUCUAAAGCCUAAAUACCUUCAAUGUCCUGCGAUAUUUACUGUAAAUCAUUUAAAGAAAUUCGUCUAUGGUAAAUUUGACAUCGAUACAAGUCUAUUCAGCAUUGAUAUCAUGUACAAAGUGAAGACAAUAGUUCUUCUCGAUCAUUAUACAUUAAUGGAUGUUGCUUACAUCUACACAUGGAAGCGUGAUGCUCCAAUGAGAUUUUACUUUAGAGUAAAACAAAGACUAAGAAGGAUCAAACCGAAAGUGAAAGUCAAUAACCAACCUGCAAAACAAAUUAUACCAGUAGAACCGAAGGUAGAAUUACCAACACCUGUGGUUGAGAAAUUGACUGUUAAUUUGCCACCUGUUGGUAUGACAGUAAUUCACAAUAAACCAAGUCCGAGUCCUACCCCAAUGUCAGAUCUAUUGAAAAUUGUAUCUGAAAUUAAGGAAGAAAUUGACAAAAGUCCAAUUAAAGAGACUCCAUCGGCGGUUGUAGAAAAGCAAAUGCAGCUCGUACCUUUUAAAGAACCACCAGCUCCUUUGAAAGAAAUACAAAUUCCUGUCAAAGAUUCCACACCUGAGAGUGAACCUCAAAAGACUAAUAAACUUAAAAUAACUCUUGUGAGUAAGCCCAGUAAACAAUCCAAAUCACUUGCAUCUCCAAGCAGUGAAUCGUCAGGAAAGAGUUUGAGUAGUAAAUCUCACAAACAGAAGGACAUCUCACCCCCAGAGAAAGACGAACGAAAAGUCGAGAAUAUUAAACUAAAAAUAGACUUGUCUAAGCAAAAUAGUGUUACCAUCAUUAACAUGUCUGAUCCUAAUCGAAAAGAAAUUGUUAAGCCUGUGAAGCCAGAAAAAGAAUGGAAAGUCAAGAAUAAAAAGGACAAAAGUUUGAGUACUGCUGCCAAGGCUCUAAGGGAUUUUAGAAAAGGCCGUGCUUCAUCGCCUUUGACAGUUCCACCAUUGACAAUAAAAGCUGGAAGAGUCAGUCCAGCCAGUUCAAAGCCCACAAAAUCUCCCAAGUCCCCCAAAUCUCCAAAAUCCCCUAAAUCACCAAAAUCCCCAAAAUCAUCGAAAUCUCCCAGAUACCCUAAAUCUCCCACUCCACCUCCAGUCAACGAAUUUGAAGAUCCACAAUCACAAUUUUUAAAGUCAUUCGCCCUAACACCGAAAAAAGAUCUUCCACCAUCUCCACCCAAAAAGGAAGUGAAAAAACUAGAACCCUUAACAUUGACCUUUUCACCAGUUCCACCAAAGCCCGUUGUGCCUUUUCCACCUGUUACCACCCUAAUGGGUCCUCCUUUAAAUCUACCAACAAAACGAAAGAGCAAGGAUGUAAUUAAGAGCGCAUCAAAGAAGCAAAAGUGCGUCUUCGAACCAACUCUUACUCCAGACAAUUUCAAAAUUAAGUUGCCUUUGCUACCGCCUGCUGAACCUCAAAAGAAGGAUGAAAAGAUCACAAAACCAAAAGAUAAAGAUGCUGCCCGCAAGAAGGAAAGCGAAAAAGCCGAUGAGAAACUAAUGCCACCACCAGUUAGUGUUGCGCCAAUGUCAAUAACUCUAUCACCUCCAAAGUUAGUUGUCCCUAACAAUCUUCCUCCACCGCCUGCACCAGCUGUUGCACCACCACCAAAGAAUGGCAUGAAACCACCAAGUGAACCAGUAAAAAAGCCUAAUAAGCUUCCUGUCAAAUUUGCACCUCCCGGUUCUCUAACACCACAUCCAAUGAAUGGUCCACAUAAAGCUUCUCCUGGAAGUCGAACGCCAGUUGCUAAGCGUUUCCAACCCAUUCUACCCAAAGGAGGUAGACCAAAUCCAUUUGCAAACAUUCCCAACGACAUGAAUAAGAUUCUUAAAGAUGCUGGCACUGAAAUCAAAUCAAUUCCAUCCAAUGAAGGUUCAAAGAAAAAGAUUUAUGGCCCAAAAACAACGGUGAUGGGAUCACCACAGCCUGCGGGUAAUAAGACCCCAUCACCGGUGGUAGGUAAUACAACUCCGAAUGCUGGGAAAAAUGGAAAUAUUUCAAACUACCUUAACUUUGCUCUAUUCAAUGCGAGUAAAUCACGAGGAAAUGAAGUUCCUCCAGGCUGUCGCACUCCAAUGUAUACUCCGAAUUCGCCUAUCUACUCCCCGAAUUCGCCACAAUAUGUGCCCAACUACAAUAUUCCAACACAACCCACCUAUAAAUAUACUCCAAAACCAAAUUCGAGUUCGAAUUACUUGCAAAGUGUCCUAGGCGGAAAUAAUAACCAAAUGUCUAGUCUGUUCCCAGCGCCACCUACCAAAAAGCCUGAACUUGGUGGUAGUAAUAGUUCUUCGCCGCCCGCCCAAAACACAUCUCCACAAAAAAUGGAUGAUAGCAUAUUAGAGAAGCACCUAAAACGAAACUAUCCAUUUUCGAAAAGUCCCAGUCCUGUCGAGGAUCCCCCUGAGAAGCAGCUGAAAGUGAAAUCUCUGCUUAAUUCCUGCAAUAUCAGUAUUCCAUCUUCACUGUCAAUCACAAUAACCCGUGAAGAUGGUGAAAUGCCUGCCAAUAGUUCAUUCAAUUCAAAGCUCAAAAGUCCUGUGAAUAAUUACAUUGAAAUCUUAAAGAUUCCCGAUACUCCAGUUGGACCAGAAAAUGAUAUCAAACAACAACAACAACAAAGGCAACAACAACAACAACAAUCUCAACCACAGCCAAUUAAACAGCCUCCUCCUCCUCAGCAACCACAAAAUAUCAAUCAAUCGCUGACCAUUCACAGUAUUAUGAAUCCCAAGUCACCACAAGGUGUCAGAAGUACCAUGUCAUCGAAAACUACCACCACUCCAACAAUGACAAUGACAAUAACAUCCGCUCCAAAGCAACUUCCACCCUUGAAUCCGAUUGAAAAGAAGAAUCAAAAAGUUGUUUCGAGUACGACAUCACCUGGAGAUGGUAAAAAGACUCCAAGUCCUGAUAAACGUUCAAGUGGAUCGGCUCCAAAUUCGGCGGAAAAGAGAUCUGGCUCCGAGUCUGGUUCGCCCAAAAGUUCAACGGAAUAUCCAACUUCAAAGAAAUUCCGUCACAUUUUACCGCGAACUACUCCAGACCAAAAGGCUACGGAAAUGUUGAGUCAAUUUCUACAAAAUAACCCCCUGCCUGCACCGGUUAACCAAAAGAAUUUGCCUAAAAAGCAGUCAACAAUGAAGAAAUCUCCUACCCCGCCGAAUGUUAAUAUGUCCCCAAUGAACGGUAACACUGCGAAGAAAUCGCCUCCAUUGAAUCUUGGAGUUAAGGUUUCAUCUCCAAAUACUUCACCAGUAAACCUGCCCACUAACAACAGUGCUGCCAAGAGUAAGAGCUCUCCUAAGGUGCAACAACAACCCUUAGGUCCAGAGUUCCCUCUUUUGUCGGUGAAAAAGUUGCCACAACAAAUUCCAAAUAUUGUCAUGCCACCUUUAGGAGUCCCACAGCCCUCUCAAGCUGAUCUAAACAAGUUCAUCAAUGAAACAAUGCUCCGGGCGAAAGCUCAAACUGCAGCUCAUCAGAACGGUUCGAAUAUCGGACACAAUGUUGCUCCUUCAAAUAUAUUCUUCCCCUAUCAACAACCCCAAUAUGCUUCGAUAUACAGCUACCCACAGGCCUACAUCAUGGAGCACUUUUCACGAAUGCGUCGGGCUGGAAAUGAAGCCCUCGAACAAUACAUGCAAAAGCUAAAGAAUAUGGAUUCUAAGAAUGGCGAAAUUUUUGUGACAAUGGACGAACAAAAAAGUCCCUCAUCCUCCUCGACCAAGUCCACCCCUGUUGUCUCAAAUCCCAACACUGAGUCUAGAGCCUCAUCCAAAUAUGAAUGUUAAUGGAAUAUAAUUCCUUUAUUUUCUCCCAGAGCCUCCCUACGAUUCCAAAACUAAAAACGUUCCUUUCACCUUUAAAAUUUUUUGUUGUAAUGUAAAAUAAAUCCAGGGCCGUCCUGGGCCCGCCUUUGUAAAUAAUUAAAAUUAAGAGUAAGAAGAAAUAAGACCACAUAAAAGA